AUGGUGAUGGUGAAAGAGGGUAUUCAAAAAAAUACAGACAUGUUUAAUGAAUUUUUAACCCGAACGGUUACUGGCCACUUUGAGUGCUACCGGCUGAUUUAUGGCCCAAUCGUCUGGCUGAGUUUUUCUUCUUCUUUUCAACCUUUUGAAGGGGGAAGGGGGGCGAUUCCUGGAAGAAAAUUCGCCAAUCGUGCCCACUUACUACUAGCGGAAGAGCUGAAAACAGCGAGCAUAGGGCUCAUAUAUCAACUCAAGGGCCUCACCAAGCGAAGGGAACUCGCCGAGAAAUCAACACCACCUACCCAAUCAUCACACCAAUCGGGAAAUCAACUGAAGAGGAUCGAACUCAACACAUUCGACGGCAGAUACUCCGAAUGGAAAAAUUGGAGUGAUCUGUAUCUCUCGAUGGUGGGGAGUGACCCCAACAUACCAGGAGUGCAGAAGCUGGCUCGCCUCAAGGGCCUGCUGAAAGGGUCAGCAGCAGCACUCAUCUCAACGUUCAGCGUCACUGAAGAGAACUACGAUAAGGCGUGGACGAAACUCGUAAAGAAAUACGAGGACACACGACUCAUCGCACAAGCUCUAUUCAAUCGAGUGCUCAACUUGCCGAAAAUCCACAAGGCAUCCUCAGAGAAUCUCACCGCCAAUGCAGCAGCGGCAGUAGAGACGCUGGACCAGCUGCCUCAAAUGACGAAACUCACCACAUCGAGACUGCUUGAGCAGAUGAUCAUACACCUGCUGCGACAAUCGCUCGAUUCCGAGACCCUGAAGAUGUGGGAAUUGAAACUCGGAGAAUGCAGAAACUUCCCGACGCUCGAGGAGUUUACGAACUUCAUCGAGUCAUACGCCAGGGGAAUCAACUCAGGAGACAAGCUUCACUCAACUAGCACAAACAGUUCAACGCCACGAACAACGCCUGUCGCGAGCAGGAGAAGAGUAGCACACGUGGCAUCAACAACGGAGAGAGCAACAGAGACAUCAACAAAGGCUCCUCCGAGAAAUAACUGUGCCUUCUGCACAGGAAGACACUACAUCGCGAGAUGCGAGAAGUUCAUCGCCCUCUCACCAAUCAAACGAGUCGACAUCAUCAUCAGCAAGCGGUUGUGCUUCAACUGCUUGGUGCCACACCUACUGAGCAGGUGCACCUGCCUGAAGAGCUGCUACAAAAGCCAGGCCCUAGGACAGGAAGAACGUCACCAUACUCUACUCCACGGAGGCCACGUGGAAUUAAUGGAAGACGCUGGGCAGCUGAGGAAGUUCAACCUGGCAACACCAGCGCCCACACCAGCGGCAGAGGAAUCGACACAUCAAUUAUCGAAAUCAAUGGAUUCAACGGCCACUGAGAGGAUUUACGCCCCCCUGAGUCAAGUCGAAGAAUCAACUCAACAGCAGAGAUCAACUGCAACAGUGAACCUCAACAAUCAACGGAUCAGUGCGCAAGAGAACAUCAACGAGAAUCAGAAAUCACCAGCCAUCAACAGUAAUCAACGGCACUCAACGCAACCAUCUGUGCUGCUAGCCACGGCGCUAGUAAAAGCAGCAUCAUCACGAGGAUAUCUGAUCGACGCCAGGGUGCUAACCGAUCAAGGCUCAGAAAUAUCGUUCAUCACCGACAAUCUAAUUCAUCAACUCCACCUGAAACGAGCACAUUCAACGCUCGAACUAAUCGGAAUCGGUGGAACACCUUCAGGGACCACGAGAGGAGUGGUGCCAGUCGUGCUGCACUCAACGAUUGGAAAUCAACAAGUUGAAAUCACCGCACACAUCUUGAAGAAACUCACCACACGACUGCCAUCAUUCUCAUGUUCAACGACGAGGAUCGGCUCACUACAGGAUCUUCAACUAGCCGAUCCAGAUUAUCUAAAGCCUGGACCAAUCGACAUCAUUAUCGGAUCAGACAACUAUGGGCGGAUCAUCAAAGAAAAGGUUAUCAAAUCGACAUCAACUCAACUAGUUGGCCAACAAACAGCAUUUGGUUGGAUAAUAUCAGGUCCAAUCAACUGCCAAGGCUGUUCACCGAGAAUCUCCUUAACUGCAGUACGGAGUUCCGCGAACGAACAGCUACUAGAGCUUCUCCAAAAAUUCUGGGUCCAGGAAGAAAUCAACAAUGCAACGGAGUGUCAUGAGCUAUCACCAGAGGAUCACCAGUGCGAGAUGCACUUUCAAUCGACGCACUCCAGAGACGAGACCGGGCGCUAUGUUGUGAGGCUCCCCCUGAAAACCUCAGCAACAGCCCUCGGUGACUCGAGGCUCAAAGCAACACGUCAACUACACUCGGUAAUGAGACGCCUACAAAAGGAUGAGGCGUACUCAGCCCUGUACAAGGCCUUUAUCAGAGAGUAUCAUCAGUUAAAUCACCUUCAAGAAGCACCAGAGACUCCAGAACCCUCACCAGACUAUUAUCUACCGCACCACGGGGUUCUGAGAGACGAUGCCAUCACCACGAAACUAUGA